UAAUCUGAAAUCAAACAUUGGAAUCCUCUUUUCGGGAAAGAAAAAGAGUUCCUCUUCCUCUCCCUCCCUAAGCUCUCUACCUUUUCUUUUCCCAGUAAAAAAAUCGAUUCAAUUCUUCAAUUCGAUUCAAAAUCGCCGCUGCAAAUCUCUGAAAACCUUCUUAACUGCUGUCUUCGAGUUUUAUUUAUCUCUGAUCUCAAAUGGGCAAGAAUGAUUUUCUCACCCCAAAAGCAAUCGCCAAUCGAAUCAAAGCCAAAGGUCUCCAGAAGCUCCGAUGGUACUGCCAGAUGUGCCAGAAGCAGUGCCGCGACGAGAACGGCUUCAAGUGCCACUGUAUGAGCGAGAGCCACCAGCGUCAGAUGCAAAUCUUCGGCCAAAACCCUCACCGAAUCGUCGAAGGCUACUCUGAGGAGUUCGAGAACGGCUUCCUUGACCUAAUGAGGCGGAGCCACCGUUUCUCACGGGUGGCUGCUACUGUCGUUUACAAUGAGUAUAUCCAUGAUAGGCAUCACGUUCAUAUGAACUCCACGCAGUGGGCUACUUUGACGGAGUUCGUUAAGUACUUGGGUCGGACGGGGAAGUGCAAGGUUGAGGAGACACCGAAAGGGUGGUUUAUCACUUAUAUUGAUAGAGAUUCAGAGACCCUUUUUAAGGAGAAGAUGAAGAAUAAGAGAAUUAAAGCGGAUAUGGCUGAGGAGGAGAAGCAAGAGAGGGAAAUCCAGAAGCAGAUUGAGAAAGCUGAGCAAUUUUUGACAAAAGUCGGAAAUGGGGAUGACGUGAAAGAGAGUACUGAAGUGGUGGAGCCUGCGGCUAAGGAAUUGAAGUUGGAGGGUGGGGUUAGGAUUGGCUUUGCUUUUGGUUCGAAAAGUAGUGUUGGUAAGGAAAAAGGAGAGAGUUCUUCUCGAUUGAUAUUUGAAGAAAUUGAGGAGAAGGAAAGAAAUAAUGCAAAAAAUAAAGAGAAUGCUGACACGGGUAAGAGUGGGAAAUCAGCAUUGGACGAGUUGAUGAGGGAGGAAGAGAAGGCAAAGGAGAGGAGUAAUCGGAAGGAUUAUUGGCUAUGUGAAGGGAUAAUUGUUAAGGUGAUGAGUAAGACAUUGUCAGAGAAAGGUUAUUAUAAGCAGAAAGGGGUUGUGAGGAAAGUGAUUGAUAAGUAUGUUGGGGAAAUUGAGAUGCUUGAGAGUAAGCAUGUGUUGAGAGUUGACCAGGAAGAGCUUGAGACUGUAAUUCCACAGAUAGGGGGUCUGGUCAGAAUAGUUAAUGGAGCCUACAGGGGAUCAAAGGCGAGGUUGUUAGGAGUGGAUAAAGAGAAGUUUUGCGCCAAGGUGCAGGUAGAUAAGGGGAUUUAUGAUGGAAGAGUGCUCAAGGCUGUGGAGUAUGAGGACAUAUGCAAACUUGCUCAAUAAUUGAAAGAUUCAGCCUCAUAAUUAUUUGACACUGUGAUGCACGGAAACGGCAAGGCGUGGCGUUUCCCCGUGUUGGAAGAAAUGGCCAGACACGGCUGGGAAACAUUGCAGGGCUGUUUCUGCAAUUUUAAGAAGUCAAGCACAUGUUGCCUAUACCAGAAACACGUCUCUUUGAAAAAAAAAAGGUAGCUAGGUUAAAAAAGCAACAAAGCUGCGCCUGGCCUGGGAAUCGUGCUGAAGAAGAAGAAGAAGAAGAAGAAGAAGAAGAGGGGGAGGAGGACGAUUUACUUUGUGGCGACGGUGGCAACGUAAGGCGCAAGUGUGUGUACUGUAAUCCUUUAGCUUUUCUUUUCAUGCUCUGCCUCUUGUUGGUUUUGGUAUAUUGGGUUUUGAUGGUUAAAUUCUUAAUCAAUGGUUGGCUUUUGUGGGUUUUGUUUGGCUGAAUCAAAUUUGGCAGUGAUUUUACUGAUUUAUUAUUCAUGCUACCAUUGGUUUGUGAUUUAGAAAAAUAAUAUGUAAUUUUUUUUUUAAUUUUUGGAAAAAAAAAUGUAAUCUUCAAUUCUAUUGUUUUUAACUAUAGUUAUAUAUUUAA